AUGGCAACACAUAGUACAAAUAAAACACUAAUUUUACAUAUUUAUCAGUCAUUACUUAAGGCCAGUAAAAAUUUUUCAAGUUAUAAUUUUCGAGAUUAUUUUUAUCGACAUACUAGAGAUAGUUUUAGUAAAAAUAAAUUCGAAACUAGACCAUAUAAAAUUUUGGAAUUUAUAAAAAAAUCAAAGGAUGAAUUGGCAACAUUAAAACGGCAAAGCUAUCUAAGUAGUCUUUAUAGUAAUGGAGAAAAAUUAAUUAUUGAAAGAAAUGAUAAUGGUAAUAAAUUGUUAAAAGAUGUUCCGCAUAUUCCACACACUGGCCAUCUAAACUUGACAAAAAGUGCUAAUGCUUCUUGUACACCAGAUCUUGAAAUUGAUAAAAAAUCUUCACAAUCUCAUACUUGUACCUCUUCUUCAAACAGUCAAGAAUCAUCUUCCCUGAAAGAAGAUCAACAACAAGCCAAUAAAAAAGAUCAUAGAGCGAUAGGAAAAUCACAGCAAUUAUUUUUAGUACAUCCUUGGAGCCCAGGUUCUAUUUUCAUGCUUCCUCAUGGAACACGCGUUUUCCAUAAAUUACAAAGUUAUAUUCGUUUAAAAUAUAAGGAAUAUGGUUUUGAAGAAGUCAUGACUCCUAUGAUUUUCAAAAAAGAUUUAUGGGAAAUGUCUGGACACUGGCAAAAUUACCAGAGUGAUAUGUUUACUGUUCAUGAAAAAUCCAUUCCAACUCAAAACGAUCAUCACCACAACGAUAGCGAUUCCAAUGUGAAGCCCAAAUCAGAUAAUGUUUUUGGUUUGAAACCUAUGAAUUGUCCUGGUCAUUGUUUGAUAUUUGAUAACAGUUCAAAAUCAUACCGUGAUUUGCCAUUAAGGCUUGCAGACUUUGGAUCAUUGCACAGAAAUGAAGCAUCGGGAGUACUUACUGGUCUUACUAGGGUUCGACAAUUUCAUCAAGAUGAUGCACACAUAUUUUGUAGGGAAUCGCAAAUAUAUGAGGAAAUAUCUUCAACACUGUCAUUUUUAGAAAAUGUAUAUAAUGAUUUCAAAUUUCCACAUUAUGAGAUGGUUUUAUCUACAAGACAUGAGUCAACUUACAUUGGAGAACUUUCAGAAUGGGAUAUUGCUGAGGAAUCACUUAAAAAGGCAUUGAAUCAAACUGGAAGAAAAUGGACACUGAAUCCAGGAGAUGCAGCUUUUUAUGGCCCAAAAAUUGACAUAAUGGUAAAAGAUGCUCACCAUCGUAUGCAUCAAACAGCAACAAUUCAAUUGGAUUUUCAACUUCCAAAACGAUUCAAAUUAAAAUAUCGAGAUGAAAACGGCUCAGAUAAAACACCAAUCAUUAUACAUCGUGCCAUACUUGGAUCAAUAGAACGUAUGAUGGCAAUAUUAAUAGAACACACCGGCGGGAAAUGGCCUUUUUGGCUGAGUCCAAGACAAGCAAUAAUUAUUCCAAUAGGUGGAACAAAAUCUAUGGAUUAUGCAAAUCAGGUUAAGCAAUCUUUAUCAAAUAGUAAAAGACAUUUUCAAUAUUUCAUAGAUAUAGAUAAUUCAGACAAUAGCUUAAGUAAGAUGAUUAAAACUGCACAGUUAGCACAAUAUAACUUUAUUUUGGUUGUUGGUGAAAAAGAACAAGCCACUCAAACUGUUAAUGUUCGUCAGCGUGAUGAAAGCUCAAUUGAAAACAUGACUAUAGAACAAUUACUAUCACAUUUUGAUUGUUUAACUGAAAAUUAUUUAUUAAUUAACAAAUGUUCAUAA